AUUCACACACACUCAAGAACUCUCUCUCUCUCGCCCUCUCUCUCUCUACUCUCUCUCUCUCCACAAAGUUUUUAGAUUGUUGCGUGAAGCAGAAGUUUGGUACACUACUGGGGUUCUGUGUUUUCCUCCAUUCUUGGUGAUAAUAAUUAGUGCAGACAAUAAUAUCUCAUAAGCUUGAAAAGUAAUUCUCAUUCUCAAAACCCUUGUCCAAAAAAAAAAGUUCUUCGAAAUGGGAAAGAAAGAACAGAAAAAUCGGAAAGAGAACAACAAUAACAUGUCUACAAGAGUUGAAGCAGUUCUCGAUCUUCUCAAGAAACAAGCACCUUUCUCUCUCAAACAGGAGAAGUUCUGUAAUAGCGCUUGCGUUGAGAGGUUUUUGAAAGCUAAAGGGGAAAAUGUUAAGAAAGCUGCGAAGCAACUAAGGGCUUGUCUUUCUUGGAGAGAUAGUUUAGGCACUGAGAACUUGAUAGCUGAUGAGUUUUCAGCUGAACUGGCCGAAGGAGUUGCUUAUGUUUCAGGGCAUGAUGAGGAAUCUAGGCCCGUUUUGAUUUUCCGGAUCAAGCAAGACUAUCAGAAGUUCCACUCUCAGAAACUGUUUAUUCGUUUACUGGUGUUCACACUGGAGGUGGCCAUUGGGACCAUGCCAAAGAACGUGGAACAGUUUGUUCUCCUUUUCGAUGCAAGCUUUUUUAGGUCAGCAUCGGCUUUUAUGAACUUGUUGUUGGCAGCACUGAAAGUUGUGGCCGAAUACUACCCUGGACGCCUUUACAAGGCUUUUGUCAUAGACCCUCCUUCUCUCUUCUCCUAUCUUUGGAAGGGUGUAAAACCGUUUGUGGAGCUAUCAACGACGACGAGUGUGGUGUCGUCUCUGGACUUUGAGGAGUCGUUGGACUUCAACGACUUCGCGUCGUACCCGCGAGCGUGCUCGUCCCUCCGAUACGACGCGUCGUCUAUCAAAACGGCAUCGAAAGUUGGGUCGUGCGCGUCGUCCCGCUUCUCCUUCACCGUCUCCCACCACUUCGACUCCCUCAAGCCCUGGUACCUCAGCCUCACCGACACGUCAGCCUCCAAGGUGGGCCCCACAGCCUCCGGCCACCUCACCCCUCUGGGCCCCGCCCUCAUCUCCCCUCUCAACGCCCGCUCCCUCUCAUUCGCCUCGCCGGCGGCGAGAACCCCGGUCGGAGGCAUCUCGAAACGGAGCCUCUUCCCGUCGUCGACGCCGUUGCCGGAGCGUCGAAUCUACGGCGCCGGCGACCCCACCAGAACCCCCCACGCGCGGACCCCACGGCCGUCGUUCCUCCAGUCGCCGGCGCUAUUCUUCCGCAGGGAGUGCCACGUCAGCAGAACUGAGAGGUGUCGGGAAUCGUUCCUGCCGUUCUUGAAGUUCUACCGGAGGCCGUACGAUGAGAUGAUUUACAGGUCCAAGAUGCGGCCCCCACUUGGUGGACUCAUCUCCAUUGUGUCUCCCCACCUCAGAAGACGCCACGUGUCUGUAUCUCAACGGUUCUGAUCUAUCUAAAGUUCUAAAGAAGGAAAAAGAAAGAUUUUAAAAACAAGAAAGCAAAGAGGAAAAGGCAAAAAAAGAGUGAGAGAGAAAAUAGUACAUAUAUUAUUAAUUAACAAGUGAGUGUUCAAA